UGUGUGCUGAACUGAGCGGAGGUGAAGAAGAGGAGGAUGAAGCUGGGAGAGGAGGAUGGGAGGAAGAGUGGAGUAAGAGACAGGCUAGCAGUGUGUGAAUGUGUGUGUAUGUGUGAGUGAGGAAGAGGAGAGGAAGGUCGCGUGAGGGACCGAAAACAAAGACGUAUAUAUUUUUUGUGGGGGGGAUUUAACCUUUGGAGCAUAACGAACGGAAACUUUCAACUUUUUACCCGCCACUGCUCGGCUCGCUGUGCCCGGAGCCGGCUUUGUUUCACGGCGGGGGUGUCUGCGAUAAAUGAAGGAAUAAAAUAGAUCCCCAAUCGACCAUUUUCUACCCAAGCGGGGAAAACCGGGGGGCAGUUUUUGGCUGAGGAUACAAGAGAAUGGCGGCUAACAUGUACCGAGUGGGAGACUACGUGUACUUUGAGAACUCCUCCAGCAACCCUUACCUGAUCCGCAGAAUAGAAGAGCUCAACAAGACAGCCAACGGGAAUGUGGAGGCAAAGGUGGUGUGUCUUUUCAGGAGGAGAGACAUUUCUGGCAACCUCAACACGCUGGCUGACAGCAAUGCAAGAGAGUUUGAAGAGGAGUCCAAGCAGCCCGUCCUGGGUGAACAACAGAAGCACCAGCUCAAACACAGAGAGCUUUUCCUGUCUCGACAGUUUGAAUCUCUACCCGCGACUCACAUACGGGGAAAAUGUAACGUCACCCUCCUCAAUGAAACGGACGUUUUGGCCGGCUACCUGGACAAGGAGGACUGUUUCUUCUACUCGCUGGUGUUCGACCCUGUCCAGAAGACUCUGCUGGCAGACCAGGGCGAGAUCCGUGUGGGCUCAAAGUACCAGGCAGAGAUUCCUGACAAGCUCGCUGAGGUUGAAUCAGAUACUCGGGUCCAGGAGAAGCUGGAGACCAAAGUGUGGGACCCUAACAACCAGCUCAAAGACCCUCAGAUUGACCAGUUCCUGGUGGUGGCAAGAGCUGUCGGGACGUUUGCUCGGGCCCUGGACUGCAGCAGCUCCAUCCGCCAGCCGAGCCUCCACAUGAGCGCGGCCGCAGCCUCCAGAGACAUCACACUGUUCCACGCCAUGGACACGUUGGAGAAGAACAGCUACGACCUGGCCAAAGCCAUGUCCAACCUCGUCCCCCAGGGAGGCCCCGUGCUCUGCCGCGACGAGAUGGAGGAGUGGAGCGCCUCAGAGGCCAUGCUGUUCGAGGAGGCUCUGGAGAAAUACGGCAAAGACUUCAACGACAUUCGCCAGGACUUCUUGCCCUGGAAAUCUCUAGCCAGUGUGGUCCAGUUCUACUACAUGUGGAAAACUACAGACCGCUACAUCCAACAGAAACGACUAAAAGCAGCCGAGGCAGACAGUAAGCUGAAGCAGGUGUACAUCCCCACCUACACCAAACCAAACCCUAAUCAGAUCAUGGUGCCGGGCAGCAAGCCCGGUAUGAACGGAGCAGCGGGCUUUCAGAAAGGACUCAGCUGCGAGAGCUGCCACACGGCCCAGUCUCCUCAGUGGUAUGCCUGGGGUCCUCCCAACAUGCAGUGCAGACUGUGCGCCUCCUGCUGGAUCUACUGGAAAAAGUAUGGAGGCCUGAAGACCCCCACACAGCUAGAGGGCGCCGCUAGGAGUGGCUCUGAGUCCGGCCCCCGUGGUCACAUGACGCGUCAGGAGGUGCAGGGCCUGUCGCCGUUCACCCGCAAUGAGGGCCGAGCGAAGCUGCUGGCCAAGAACCGCCAGACGUUCAUCCUGCGGACCACCAAGCUGACGCGCGUCGCCCGGCGGGUCUGCGAGGACAUCCUGCAGCCACGCCGUGCUGCGCGACGGCCCUACGCCUCCAUCAACGCCAACGCCGUCAAGGCUGAGUGUAUGAUCAGGCUUCCAAAAGCCCCGAAAACUCCUGCAAAGAGCAAAGUGGUGCCUCGACCGUCACUGGCCAACAUAGUGAAGGAUUUAGCCGUGUCCGCUCCUCUGAAACUGAAGGCCUCCAGAGGACCCCCGACCCCCAUCAACAGGAACCAGGCCAGUCAGCCUCGAGUGGGACAAAGCCUUCUGGGAAAGAGAGGGUUUGACAGCGCUUCAGGGAUGCCUUUCCCAGCCAAUGGGAGGCCGUACAGUUCAGGAAUGAGGACCACCUCCCAGUCGGUCAUUAAGCGGCAGAAGGUCAGCCAGGGCGAAGCUCCAAACCCUGUGGUGUUUGUGGCUACUAAGGACACCAGGGCUCUGAGGAAACACCUGACCCAGUCGGAGAUGCGUAGGGCAGCGAGGAAACCUCACCUCCUGGUCCGGAUCAAGCUGCCGCCUCCCCCUCGCUCCCUGGCCAUGCCCCUGCUCCCCUCCAGCACCAGUGAACCCAUCGUCCUGGAGGACUGAAGAGGAGGAGGAAGAACGUCAGGGGAGUCUUUUAAAAGGACA